ACGAGCAAAAAGAUACAAAAGCCAAAAGCAAGUUGUUUUGAGAGAGAGAGAGAGAGAGAGAGAGAGAGAGAGAGAGAGAGAGAGAGAUGGAGGAUUUGCCACCAGGGUUUCGGUUCUUCCCCACCGAAGAAGAGUUGGUGUCGUUCUAUUUACGAAACAAGCUCGACGGAACAAGACAGGCUCUACACGGGCUUAUUCACCGGGUCAUACCCGUUCUUGAUAUCUACGAGUUCAAUCCAUGGGACCUUCCACAAUUUGCGGGAGAUCUAUGCCGUGGAGAUCCGGAGCAGUGGUUCUUCUUCAUCCCGAGGCAAGAGACCGAGUACCGCGGUGGGAGACCGAGGCGGCUCACGACCACCGGGUACUGGAAAGCUACAGGCUCUCCCGGUUUCGUCUACUUGAGCAAUCGCAUUGUGGGAGUGAAGAGAACUAUGGUGUUCUAUACAGGACGGGCUCCGAAUGGCGUGAAAACCGAAUGGAAGAUGAAUGAGUACAAGGCCACUGAAGGGGAGGCUACUUCUCCUCAAGAAAUCCCAGUGGUGCCGAGGCAAGAUUUCAGUGUGUGCCGGGUGUACAAGAAAACGAAGACCUUGAGGUCAUUCGACCGGAGACCGAUGGGAGAAAUCAUUAGAAGCAGCCACAUAGUUCAACAGAACGCCAUGCCAGAUGACCAUCCACAUCCUCAGGAAAUGACAUCAUCUCGUCUGGAGAGAGCAAGCUCGUCACCAGACAGUUCAUGUGCCUCUGGAGACCAUGGGACAAUUCCGUCGCAGGCAGGAGGAUUAGGAAGCGGUACUGACACGGAGAUGCUGCCCGGUGAGAGCGAAUUGUUCUUGCAGGACUGGGAACAGUUCUGGCCCUAAAGAAGAAGGUUAAUACAAUAUGUAUAAACAAACAAUAAUAGAUUCACCUUGUCACUAUUAAAAUUGUGUAACUCUUAAUUACCUCGGUGAUGCUAAGCAGGUGUGUAGUUCUUUCGAAUUUUAAUGUCUGUUCAAUGUGCUCUUGUCUCCUAAAUUCGACCAUGGAUGUAGAACUGAUGUAGAGUGUCUAGUCGAUGUUUUUUCGAGCACUGUAUUCAUUUCCGUGAUUAUUCCCAUGCGAAAUUCUCAUGAAUCAAACGGGUCUGUGCGUGCGCGCUUGUUAUGUGAAAGAA